AUGCCCCAACGGGGCCGCCACCGCGGCGCCCCCGAUAGACCCAUCAUCAAGAGGGAUCUGUUAGAUCCCUCCAAGUCGGAAAUUCUACCCGCGUCCGCCUUGGGGCUCGGUCCCCGCUCCGGCGGGCCAACCGCCGGGGGGUCGGCCGGGAGAUCGGGCAUUCCGCGGCGUGUGCCUGAGUGCACACCGCCGCGCGAUACUCCCCGGUCCCCGUCCCCCUCCCCGGCGCCCGACUCGCCGAGCACGGACCGACCCCCCACGGCCGCCACCAAACGCGCUGCCCCUUCCUCUUCCUCUUAUACGUCGUCGGAGUCAUCAGUGGCUCACGACGACAAAAGAGCCUGCGUCGAGGACUCAUCCCCCGCCUCUCUUCCCAGCCUCGCACCCAGUCCCGUUCCCGUCUCCGUCCCCGUCGCCGUGGGCACAGAGGAGCCAGAAAUUGUACCCACCCCCCGUUUCCGCGUGCUGGUGGGCGGCUCCCGUCCUGCCACGGUGGGGCCGGCGCCGGGAACCAUAAUUGACACGUCCCUGGAUACCCACUCCACCUCUUCCCAAUCCCAGCCGGAGCGUGCCGCGUCGCGGGGCCGACCCCCGCGGCCGACACGUAUCUAG